ACAGCUGACCGGUCAAGGCCUCUGUGCUCCGUGCUAUGGACUUCGUCAUAAUCUGGGAGCAUCUACAUUUGGAUAUUCAUGUCGUGUCUUCUAGGCAGCCGGUUAAGUUUAUGUACAACCAUAAGCCUCAGAAUGAUGCUGGCUGAAUAGUGACACAGGCCAGCGAACAUGGAGCAUCUGGAGUAAUUGCCUCAGGACGACUCAGAGAAGAUGUAUAUAUAUAUAUGUAUAUAUGCAACCGUCGCCUCGGGAUACAAACAGACAAAGGUCCACACUAGCAAUCCAUAACAGCACUACAACUACAACCGCAACUCAAUACCAACGACGACACCACCACCAUGGCUGAACCCAUUACAGACGGCAACUUCAUCUUUCCCGCCGAAUCCGAACCCCAUGAAGCUACCAUUCUCGGCUUUCCCUCCCUAGUCUCUGUCCCACCCCCCUACUACGAACCAAGCUGCGCCGAAAUCACCGGCCUCGCCGCCGCCAUUGCCCACUUCGAGCCCGUCCGCCUCUACACGCGUCCAGACGACAUUCCCCUCGCCCAGAAAUACGUCUCCGAGAUCGUUCCGCCCAACCUCCAGGAACGGGUCAGUAUCAUUCCAAUUGCGAUUAACCACUGCUGGGUGCGGGACACGGGUCCCGUGUAUGUGCACGAUGCGUCGGGGCGGUUCCCCAGGGAGCGGUUUGCAAUUAGUUUUGAUUUCAACGAGUGGGGAGAGAAGAGACCGUGGGAUGUGUCGAAUGGGAAUGACUAUGGGUUGAAUUGGCCGACACCAAGCACGGAAGAGCUGGAGGAGAAUACGUUGUUUGCGAGAAGAGUUAUUGAGGGGGAUGUUGAUCCGAAGCCGGUGAGACGGGUUGUGCCGAGGAUUAAGGCGGAGGGGGGGGCUUUUGUGGUUGAUGGGGAUGGGACGCUGAUUAUCUCAGAGAGUUGUAUGAUUGAUGAGCCGCGGAAUCCAGGGAUGAGCAAGGUGGAUAUUGAGGGGGAGUUGAAGAGGUUGCUGGGUGUGGAGAAGAUUAUUUGGUGUCCUGGACGGAAGAAUAUGGACAUCACGGAUGCGCAUCUUGAUGCGGAAGUGAGGUUUAUUCGGCCUGGGGUAGUGCUUUGGUCGCGCCAUCAUCCGGAUUCCGAUCAGGAGUGGUUGGAUGUGUCGCAUGAGGUCCUGACUACGUUGAAGAACGAGACUGAUGCGAAGGGGCGGAAGUUGAAGAUUAUCCCCGUUGACGAGGUUAAUGGGGAUGAGGUGCCGAAGAAUGACGAUUAUGAGGAGGUGGUGUGCAGUUAUAUCAACUUUUAUUUCUGCAAUGGGGGCGUUGUCAUUCCCAAGUUUGGGGUCGAGCCUUAUGAUUCGAAGGCGAGGGAUGUUAUUCAGGCUGCUAUGCCGGACCGUGAGGUGCGACAGGUGUAUAUGCAUGCCAUUCCCAUUACCGGGGGUGUCAUUCAUUGUACCACUCAGCAGGUUCCUGCUGUCAAGAAGGACUAGAUGUAUGCAGUACGAGAUGCCUGCGGUUCAAGAUAGGUCUAAAUUGCAACAUGUUUUGAAUUCCAUAGAAUUGUAGAUUUAAUCGAAUGGAAUCGGGCGUAAACCUGUUCCUCCCAUGCGUCUUCGCAUCUCUGCUCCGGCUGCGAUGGUACUCGGUACCUUAAUACCACAGCAAUCACCGCCAAAGUUGUCGUGCGCGUGGUUGGGAUGGGCAUGACCAUCUCCGCACUCAGGUCCAUGGUCAUGAGCCUCCUCCAACUCGUCAGCUCCCUC